CUCGAUUGCAUGAUUCGUCCAUUGUUCUUUGUUCUUAAAUCUCUGUGUUUUCUGUGCAAAUUUCGCUUUCAAUUUCGAUUUCUUGGUUUCUGGGACUCCUUAUUUGGAGCUUGAUUUUUCUGGGUUUGAGUUUGUUUCCUCUGAAUUCAUUGGGUUAAUAAGCAACUUCGCUAAUUUUAGUUGGAUUCUGUGUCUUGCUUUGUUCUGAACUUGUUUCUUGUGUUCAUUUUCUUUAAGUUUGUUCAUCAGAUAAUGAAAGCAUUGGAGAACUUGAUUCCUUUUGCUAUCUCUUGUAUUGGAUGAUUAGAAGUUUGGCUUAUUCUUUUGAUGCUUCUGGAAAUUUUCGGUUUGAAUUGAGAAAGCCUUGUGACAAAGCUCUGAUUUAAGACAAAAAUGGUGAAAUUCUGAUGCUGUGAAACUUACAGGUAGUGAAGUUUCAGGAAAGAGAUGGCUGAAAGGAGAAAAGUUCGCCCAGAUUGUAUUUAUGCUUCCAAUCCCUUCCAUGAAUGCACUGAAUAUUGCAUAAAGAAAACAGCUGAAAGCAAGGCAGAAAAGGAUAAAAAGUCUAAAGCUAAAGGAUCUUGGCUUGAUAUUUCCAAAUCUUUUGGAAGGAAGAAGGGGUCCCGACCAAAGCCUCCGAAAGAAGUUGACGAUGGACGCUACUCAAGCUCGGUUUCUACCGAAGCUCGCUCACUCAAUUCACGUAUCACUCCUAAGAUGAAUGUAGAAUCAAGAAAUGGUGGUCAUAUCUCCCCUACCAAAAGAUUUUAUUCCGAAGAUCGUAGUCUUAACGCCGAGCAGGCGCCUCGAAUUCCUUCAUACGAAAGUCUCAUAAUGCCUGACUAUCCAGAGGAUGCUCCAAAGCAGAGAUGGAUUCGGAUGACAAAUAACAGGAACGGAGACGAGGACGGGGACGGAGAACAUGAAACAUUAUAUAAGAAGGUACUUACACCAAAUGGUAAGAUUGCCAAAGAAGCUUCUCAAAAGCCAUCUAGUGAAUCUAGCUUUAGCUUGUCUGGCUUCGAUCAAACACUAGUAGACGACAGUGACGACGAGGGAGAGAUCGAAUCUGUAGAUUCCGAGAUGUGUGUUCCAGUGGGAAAAUACAACGUAAAAGCCAGCUUCUCCUCCAUUUUGACGUCGAUCUUCGAAAACUACGGCGAUAUCGCAACUACCUGUAAAUUGGAGUCGGUUUCCAUGCGCUCGUACUAUCUACAAUGCGUGUGCUAUGUGAUUCAAGAAUUACAAUCCACAGAGUUUCAUCAACUCACCAAAUCCAAAGUAAAAGAACUCUUAGCCAUUGUCAAGGACGUCGAGUCGUCACAAAUCAACGUAGGAUGGUUAAAGAGUGGCCUCGAUGAGAUCUCCCAAGCGGUCGAGCUGAGAAGUCAGCAUCGGGCAACCGAAGCUGCAAAGGCAGACUGUGAGCGGAAUUUGGAAUCAACAAAGAAAGAACUAGAAUUCCAAAUGAAAGAUUUGGCAUUGAAAGAGCAAGAGGUUUCUGAUGCAAAAAAAAAAGUAGCAAAAACACGAGCUCGAGUAACCGAACUGGAGCUCGAAUCAUCUCAGCUGGAAGAACUAAUCGCAUCGAUGAACUCCAAGGUACAAACUUUAAGAUCCAAAUCAUUCGCUGAUGGUCUGUUAUGAUUAGUAGUAGAUUAUAACAUCCCUUUAGAUCAUUUAAAACUGUAAGCAUAAUUAAAUGGGUAAACAAACUGUCAUGAGGUGUAUCAUCUUAUUAGUUUAUUGCAUAAUGAAGCAUAUCAUGUAGCUUGAGAUAU